CAAAAGCGCCCAAAAGUCGUGAUCCACCAUCAUGGCUUCUGGCCUAGCCCUCCCCAAAACCACAACUACCCCCCAAGAUACUGAAUCAGACUCCCCAGACUUAAAAAAAUACGAAAAAUAUGAUUUUCAUCCAUUCCAAAGAUCUGGUCGCACUCCGCGCUCUCCAGAAAAACUAUCUGAAAAUUCCACCCCUAAACAACCUAAUACUAAACAAAGAAAAAACUCCAAGGAAAGAAAAGAACUGAUUCGACGUCCAACUCUCAAACUUACAAAAGAUUCCAAUAUAUCUCCAAAAAAGUCGCCCCCUCCACCCCUCGCGAAUGUUUCUAUAAAUGUUCGAGAGCGCGCUAAAGAACUAAAUCGCUCUACAGAUUCAAAUAACCCAGUUCAUGAUCCAAAAAAACCAGAAUCUGAUUCCAAACAAAUAAAUCUCGAAUUGGAAAACACAAAACUAGCGGAAAUCAUCAAGAAAUUAGAGGAAGAAAACUCCCAACUUAUGGCCAUGAUUGAUAAAAUGACAGAUCAACUAACGUCACAAUCUAAUCUUCUCAGUGCCCAAUCUCAACAAAUAACAGGCCUCCAGUAUCAGAUAGAAGUAUUACAAACUCAUUACAGCAUACCAGCCUUAAAUAUGGAAACAAAUGCUAAUUCUUCCUCCACUGCCCCCCAAACCCAGGAAGAAAACCCAAAAAUGGCUAAAAGAAGACGCUCUAUCUGCGACGAUGAUUCUUCCGAAAAUAUUGUCCCACACAAUCCAAAAAAGGCACUUACUGAUACUCAUAUUACACCCUCUACAUAUAGACCCCCUACCCCAAUUGCUGAACCAAAUAAUAUCUCUGCUAAUAUGGCUGAAACUCAACACCAAGCACCCUCAACACCUCUAAGUUCUCAACAUACACAAUCAGCUUACACACAGCCAUUCCCUGGCUCAACAUAUAGACCACCAACCCCAAUUGCGUCAACCUCUGCCAAUUCUCUCCAGCCAAAGACUUCCACCUCAGCCCCUACACGCGACCCAACAAAUGUCCCACCAAAAAUCCCCCCGGUUGUACUACGGAAUAAAGCCAGAUGGACAAUAUUAUCAAAAGAAUUCUCCCUACGUGGGUACCAAUACACUAAAGCUGUAUCAACCAGUGAGGGCAUGAGAUUCUUCCCUUCUACGAUAGAUUCUUACCGUAAAAUCACGGCAUUCCUCCAGCAAAACGGUGAACAGUUUCAUUUCUAUCAGCUCCCUGAGGAACGCCUUUUACAGGUGGUGAUUCGUGGCAUCCCGCUUGAAAUUGACAUAAAAGAGGUGGAAGCUGAAAUUAGACAAAAAUUUAACCCAACUCUAAUAACCAGAAUGAAAAAAGGCAAAGAUCGCACCCCCAUGCCUCUCAUUCUGGUAAAACUCUCCCCUCAGGAAAAAGAAAUCUAUGAAAUUGACAACCUCUGUAACAUCCGUGUUAAAGUCGAGGCCCUUCAAAGAGAUGGUAACGUUGGGCAAUGUUACCGUUGCCAAAAGUUCGGCCAUGUAAAAAGUAAAUGCACAGCCCUUCCUAAGUGCCUGAAGUGUGCAGAAGAACACCUGUCUAGAGACUGCACUAGACCUUCCAAACCUUUUGACCCAGUCUGCGCUAAUUGCAAGGGAAACCACACGGCAAAUGCGCCGAUCUGCCCCAAAAACCCAAACUCCAAAAAUGCAGCCCCAGUAAACCAACAAACUAGACCAGUAACCAAGAACAUCUCAUAUAGCCAAGUCGCAGCUACGUCUACCACCACUCAACCAAUGCUACAAUCUCCCCCAAACAUCCCGACAAAUGGUUCCGAAAGUUCCGCCGUCGUCAAGGAAGGAUCCUUAAACCAAACUGAGGUCUUAUCAGAUUUGGAAAUGUCAGAUCGUUCUACAAUUGAUAGAUUUGAAGACCACAAUCAACCAGGGCCAUCUUGUUCGUCAAAACCACCCAGUGAGGCAUUAAAAAUGACCCAACGGAGUAUUUCCGAUAUAUUUGGAGAUAUAUCUUCAUUUUUUGGUGGUGAAAAAUCUGCAAGAGUGAUAAAUGCUAUACUUUACUUCAUUUCCAAGGAUAACCUGCCAUUAAAUACCACAGACAAAGAGGGUUUUAAACAUUUGUUGAAAACUGCUGCACCACUUUAUAAAAUCCCUGGACGUAAAGCCAUCACUAAUUUGAUUGACAAAAAAUAUGAAGUACUAUCUGAAUUAAUUAAAAAUAAAUUAAUUCAAGUCAAUCAUAUGACAUUAACUACAGACAUAUGGACUGAAACGAUGAACACCACAAGUUUUUUGGGUCUUACUGUUCAUUUUUAUUUUGAAAAUAAAUUGAACAGCAUUUCACUGUCUGUGUUGGAAUUAAGUGAGAGACACACAGGGCAAUAUAUAGGAGAGAGUUUAAAAUCCCUAUGUGAGGAAUGGAAUAUUCAAUUAGAUAAGGUAACAGCAGUGGUUACCGAUAAUGGCAGCAACAUGGUAAAAGCAGUGUCAGAAGUUUUUGGCAAAAAUAAAAGUUUACCAUGCUUUGCACAUACUUUGGAUCUUGUUGCUUCUAAAAUAAUUAAUGAGACUGAAAGUGUCAAAAAUGUUAUCUCUAAAGUUAAAAACAUUGUUGCUCAUUUCAAGCAUAGUGUUCUUGCGGCUGACAAAAUGAGGAAAGCACAAAAUGUUGACACACCCUUAAAAUUAAUACAGUCAGUUCCCACACGAUGGAAAUCCGUAUUUUACAUGCUAGAGAGAUUUUUACAGCUUUCAGGUUGUUUAGCUCCUGUAUUGCUAGAAAACAAAAAUGCCCCAACAAUGACUGAUGCUAUGGAAUUAGAAGUGCUUCGAGAAAUUGUCCACAUUCUAAAACCAAUUGAAGAAGUUUCAAAAGAAAUUUGUGGAGAAAAAUAUCUGACUUCAAGCAAAAUAAUCCCCAUAAUAAACUGCUUGAUAAAAAAUUGGAUAAAUAUGUACCUACUACUGAAGUAG